GAAUUUCGGAUAAUCUGCCUAUAGACACAUCUACCAUAAGCAUGCUUUCAGAAAUAGAAUAAUAGAAUUAUUGUGUGCUUUCUUUGACUUGCUUAGAACACUUCAAACUCCUUACUUUGAUUCUUUCUACUAGUGACAUAAGGUCAACAAAUCAAGCCUCGUUUAAAUUCCGAAAUCACUCAUUUUUCUCUUCAUAAAUCUGCCAGAAAAUAUUGGGAGUUCAACAGUACGAUAUUUGAUCUCAUGGGGGAGAAAGCAGCAGUAUCAAAGGCCAAAAACAGGUUCUUGAAAUUGUUAAGUAAGCCUCCAUUCAGUCCAAACAAAGAAAAGAGUUCAUCGGACAAAUCGAAAUCGAAAGGAUUCUCCGGAGCCAGUGAUGAGGCUACUAUGACCUCCAUAGUUCCUGUGGGUGCUUUGUAUAGUAAGUCAAGAAACUCAAGCUUGCGAGAACCAACAUCACCAAUAGUCUCCUGCAUGGGACAAAUUAAGCACAAGAAGAAACUGUAUAGCCUAAUAAACACUAACUACGCCUAUCAAGAUUCCGUGUUGCCACCGAUGGAUCAUCUUAGCCAAGUGGUUCAGAAUCAUAAAAAUUCAAAGCAGGGACAACAAAAGCCUCCGCCACUUAAAUCAGUGAAGUCUUUUGGUGAUGUGAAGAAAAAGAAGAAGCCUUUGCCAAUUAGAAAGAUGUUUUCUAGAGUGCCAUCUGGAAGAAGAAAAAGUGAUACUACCAUAUAUCUUCCAGAUGAUCAUACAGAAUCAUCAUGUAGUUUGAGUCAAAUGAAGCGAUUUUCGAGUGGCCGGAACUUGUCCAAUUUUGAUUGGACAAAGGUGGCUCAGGUGGUCGAUAAUUCUGAAAAGGGAAGUAUUGCUCCUAGUAUACUUCAAGAAUGUAAAGCAGUGACAUUGGGACCAAAGAAAGAAGUUAAUCUGUGGAAGAGAAGAACCAUGGCUCAGCCUAGCCCUCUUCAACUUAAAACUUAGACUGAUGUUGAACUUCUGAUAGAGCUGUAAUUCAGGUCGGGCGGCUCAGCUCGGCUCGACUCGACUGGUUAAACGAGCCGAAUUCGGGCAAAGGUUCCAUCUCGUUUAAUUAAACGAGCCGGCUCGAGUCGACUCGUGAAAUCAAACGAGCUGAGUUUGGGCAGAGGUUUAGGCUCGAUUAAGUGUAAAAUUAUACGAGCUGGCUUGCUCGAUUCCUUAAAAUCGGCUCGUUUAGCUAAACGAACCAGCUUGACUCGUCAAAUUAAACGAGUCGAGUCGGACACAGGUUUAGGCUCGAUUAGCUAAACGAGCCGGCUCGACUCGACUCCAUUAAACUUGGUUCAAAUUAGGCUCGGCUCGAAUCUCUGCUUGCUCGACUCAAAUUACAGCCCUAACUUAUGAUCAGCUUGAUCAUGCUUGCAUAAUUUCUUAGUUUAAUUUUGUUCAAACUUUUCUACUCUAUGAGACUAUAGUUUAUUGCAGACGAAUGGUCAUGCUUAUCAAGUGGUUCGAAAGUUGUAAGGAUGUACAUAAUUGUUGAAUGCAAGAAUAAAUUUACAUUGGAUA